GCUGUUCCCGCCGGAAUGUUUUGAGCGGCGCACGCGCUUCCGGUCUGCCUGCAGUGGCUCUGUGUGGUGUGGUGUUGUGUUCGUGAGGGCGUCAGGACAGCGUUAGUUCAGUGUUAAACACACAUGUGAGUUUGUGAAGACCAGCUGCUCUCAUCAUGGCGGUCCCGAUGGAAAGUCAGCUGCAGAGUAUCUUUGAGGAUGUAGUGAAAACUGAGGUGAUUGAAGAGGCGUUUACUGGCAUGUUUAUGGACAGUCCGGAGGAUGAGAGGACCAAACUGGUGAGCUGUUUAGGAGCGUUCAGGCAGUACUGGAGCACUCUUCCUCAGGAGUCACAUGAUCAGUGCGUGCAGUGGAUCGUCCGCUUCAUUCAUAGUCAGCACAGCCCCAAACGCAUCUCCUUCCUCUAUGACUGUCUGGCCAUGGCGGUGGAGACCAGCCUGCUGCCUCCCAGAAUGGUGUGUCAGGCUCUGAUGAGCUCUGACAGUCUGGAGUGGGAGAGGACUCAGCUCUGGGCUUUGACCUUCAAACUCAUCCGCAAAAUCAUCGGAGGAGUCGACUACAAGGGCGUGAGGGAUCUGCUGAAGGCUGUGAUGGACAAGAUUCAGACCGUCCCGAACUUCAUGAGCUCGGCUGUGGUUCAGCAGCUGCUCGCAGCACGAGAAGUGGUGGAGUACAUACUGGACCGCAACGCUUGUCUGCUGCCGGCGUACUUCGCUGUGACUGAGAUCAGGAAGCUGUAUCCGGAGGGCAUGCUCUCACACUGGUUGUUGGGCAGCCUGAUAUCUGACUUCGUUGAUAGUUUCAGACCGACCGCCCGCAUUAACUCCAUCUGCGGGCGCUGCAAUCUUCUGCCAGUGGUUAAUAAUUCUGGGGCCAUUUGUAACUCGUGGAAACUGGACCCGACCACUCUGCGCUUCCCGCUGAGGGGAAUGCUGCCCUAUGAUAAGGACCUGUUCGAGCCGCAGACGGGUCUGCUGAGGUAUGUUCUGGAGCAGCCGUACUCCAGAGACAUGGUGUGCAACAUGCUAGGCCUCAACAAACAGCACAAGCAGAGGUGUCCGGUUCUGGAGGACCAGCUGGUGGAUCUGGUGGUGUACGCCAUGGAGCGGUCCGAGACGGAGGAGCAGUUCGACGACGGCGGAACCAGUCAGCUCCUGUGGCAGCACCUCUCCAGCCAGCUCAUCUUCUUCGUUCUGUUCCAGUUCGCUAGCUUCCCUCACAUGGUGCUGUCGCUCCAUCAGAAGCUGGCCGGUCGGGGUUUGAUCAAAGGCAGGGAUCACCUGAUGUGGGUGCUCCUGCAGUUCAUCUCGGGAAGCAUUCAGAAGAACGCUCUGGCUGACUUCCUGCCCGUCAUGAAGCUGUUUGACCUGCUGUACCCCGAGAAAGAGUGUAUUCCAGUCCCGGACAUCAACAAGCCUCAGUCCACGCAUGCCUUCGCAAUGACCUGCAUCUGGAUUCACCUGAACCGCAAAGCUCAGAACGACAACUCCAAACUCCAGAUCCCUAUCCCACACUCGCUCAAGCUGCACCACGAUUUUUUUAACGCCUAUUCCUUCUGUGAUGCACAUGUUGAGUUUCUGCAUAAGAGUCUGCCCAUGACCGACUAUAAGAUCGCUCUGCUGUGUAACGCGUACUCCACAAACUCGGAGUGCUUCACGCUGCCCAUGGGUGUGCUGGUGGAGACCAUCUACGGUAACGGCAGCAUGCGCAUCACUCUGCCUGGCACCAACUGCAUGGCAUCCGGCUCUGUCACGCCUUUACCCAUGAACCUGCUGGACUCCCUCACUGUCCACGCUAAGAUGAGCUUGAUCCACAGCAUUGCAACCCGUGUCAUUAAACUGGCCCACGCCAAGACUAGUCUAGCCCUGGCCCCAGCCUUGGUGGAGACGUACAGCCGACUGCUGGUCUACAUGGAGAUCGAGUCCCUCGGCAUUAAGGGCUUUAUCAGUCAGCUUCUGCCGAACGUGUUCAAGUCGCACGCGUGGGGGAUUCUGCACACGCUGCUGGAGAUGUUCAGUUACCGCAUGCACCACAUUCAGCCUCAUUACCGCGUGCAGCUCCUGUCACACCUUCACUCGCUCGCUGCUGUUCCACAGACCAAUCAGAACCAGCUGCACCUCUGUGUUGAGAGUACCGCUCUGAGGUUGAUCACGGCUCUGGGGAGUUCAGAGGUUCAGCCGCAGUUCACACGCUUCCUCAAUGACCCUAAAACGGUGCUGUCUGCCGAGUCAGAGGAGCUGAACCGAGCGCUGAUCCUCACGCUGGCUCGAGCCACACACGUCACAGAUUUCUUCACCGGCUCGGACUCUAUUCAGGGCACCUGGUGUAAGGACAUCCUGCAGACCAUCAUGAAUUCGGCUAUCAAAUUUGCUUAUAAAAACUACUUCUCUCUUGUGUUAAUUUCCCAGGCGUUCUUCAAGCAGAAUAACGUUCCACAGGAGAGCCGCUUUAACCUGAAGAAGAACGUGGAGGAGGAGUACAGGAAGUGGAAGUCUAUGACCGUUGAGAACGACAUCAUCACACACUUCUCCAUGCAGGGCUCUCCUCCUCUCUUUCUGUGUCUGCUGUGGAAGAUGCUGCUGGAGACGGACCACAUCAACCAGAUCGGCUUCAGGGUGCUGGAGCGCAUCGGGGCGCGGGCGCUGGUGGCCCAUGUGCGGACGUUUGCAGACUUCCUAGUGUACGAGUUCAGCACGUCAGCAGGAGGACAGCAGCUCAACAAGUGCAUCGAGAUCCUCAACGACAUGGUGUGGAAGUACAACAUCGUGACGCUAGACAGACUCAUCCUGUGCCUGGCGAUGAGGAGUCACGAGGGGAACGAGGCUCAGGUCUGCUACUUCAUCAUCCAGCUCCUCCUCCUCAAACCCAACGACUUCCGCAACCGCGUCAGUGAUUUCGUGAAGGAGAACGCUCCCGAACACUGGCUACAGAGCGACUGGCACACCAAACACAUGACCUACCACAAGAAGUAUCCAGAGAAGCUGUACUUCGAAGGUCUGGCAGAGCAGGUCAACCCUCCCAUUCAGCUGCACUUACAGUACCUGCCCAUCUACUUCGGUAACGUGUGUCUGCGCUUCCUUCCUGUGUUCGACAUCGUCAUCCAUCGCUUCCUGGAGCUGCUGCCUGUGUCCAAGUCUCUGGAGACGCUGCUCGAUCACCUGGGGGGGCUCUACAAGUUCCAUGAUCGUCCAGUGACGUACCUGUACAACACGCUGCACUAUUACGAGAGACACCUGCGAGAUCGCACCAACCUGAAGAGGAAGCUGGUGCACGCUAUCAUGAGCUCGCUCAAGGACAACCGCACGCCUGGCUGGUGUCUCAGCGAGACGUACCUGAAGUGUGCCAUGAACCCUCGGGACGACAACGUCUGGAUCCCCGACGACACGUACUACUGCAAACUCAUCGGGCGGCUUGUGGAUACCAUGGCAGGUAAAUCUCCAGGACCGUUCCCCAACUGUGACUGGCGGUUUAACGAGUUUCCAAACCCGGCCGCUCACGCACUACACGUCACCUGUGUGGAGCUCAUGGCUCUGGCCGUGCCGGGGAAAGACGUGGGCAACGCUCUGCUCAAUGUCGUGCUCAAGAGCCAGCCGCUGGUUCCUCGGGAGAACAUCACAGCGUGGAUGAACGCUAUCGGCCUGGUCAUCACUGCCCUGCCUGAGCCGUACUGGAUCGUGCUUCACGACCGUAUCGUGAGUGUGAUCAGCAGUGCGGUUCUGAGUUCGGAGACGGAGUGGGUGGGUUACCCGUUCCAGCUGCUGGACUUCACCGCCUGUCACCGCUCGUACUCAGAGAUGCACUGCAGCUACAUUCUGGCGCUGGCUCACGCCGUGUGGCAUCACUCCAGCAUCGGACAGCUCUCCCUCAUACCCAAGUUCCUCUCAGAGGUGCUGAAGCCCAUCGUGAAGACGGAGUUCCAGCUGCUGUACGUGUAUCACCUGGUGGGGCCGUUUCUGCAGCGCUUCCAGCAGGAGAGGACCAGAUGCAUGCUGGAGAUUGGAGUGGCGUUUUAUGAGAUGCUUCAGGCUGUGGACCAGCACAGUAAGCACCUGGCCUAUAUGGACCCCAUCUGUGACUUCCUGUACCACAUCAAAUACAUGUUUACUGGGGACAGUGUCAAAGACCAGGUGGAGAGGAUCAUCUGUUCGCUGAGGCCAGCGAUGCGUCUCCGUCUGCGCUUCAUCACUCACAUCAGUAAGAUGGAGCCGGCGGCGGCAGCGUCCACAGCGACCUCUGUCCCUCAGUCCAGCAGCGUCUCGUCCCCUGCGGCCCAGAGCGGAGCCGGACCCUCUUAAUAUUCCUCUGUCUGUGGGUCAGUGAGCUCACAGCUGCUGACCAGACGGCGUCUCAACACUGUGUUUAACCAGCUGGAGACAGAUGAUGUGAUUCAGGGCCGAGGACACUGGACGCACUGAAUGAAGAUCAUGUGAUAUGACCUGUGUUUUAUGUGUGGCGACUAAAUGAGGCUUUAAUUGCAUUUGAACACCAGCGCCUGCCUUAUUUUCAUCGAGGAAUGAACCUGUUGCGUUUAUCAUCAAGACUUUUUACUGAAGUCUUCAGCCUGGACUUUGAUAGAGCAGCAUCCUGUUUUUUGAGUCAUGUUUCAUUUUUUUCACGUGUAAUAAAGACUAAUCAUGUAUUAACCAAAUGUGCACCUGUGAUUUUGUUUGGCCUUUUAUGUGUCUGUUAGAAUCAGAGCUACAAGCGUUAAAUUGAUCAAAAGUAACAGUAGAGGUUCAAAUAAAUG